AUGGGGUGUGGGACCCUGAGGCCACGUGGUGAUUUAACCACAGCUUCUUCAGCUGUUUCUUUUACGGCUUUCGGCCUUGGCCUUCAAAACUGCGGUCGCGAGAUCGAGAGGAUUCUGCCUUUGCAGCUUUUCUUUUGUUUUCAGGAAGGCGAAAUGGUUAACGAAAUGAUAGGUGCCAGGACCAAGAGGAAGUCCCUUCAAUCAGUUUAUGACCGUGAUUUAUUAGGCGCAAACAAAAUCAGAGAUCAUUUGAUCUUAAUAGUCUUCAAACCUAGCAACAAUCAAGCUAUCUAG